AUGCCGUCCACCGAGACCAACAACACCGUCUACGUCAUCACCGGCGCCAACCGCGGCAUCGGGCUCGGCCUCGUCGCCGCGCUGCUCGCGCGCCCCCGCACCACCGUGGUCGGCACCGCACGCAGCGACGCCGCCCUGGCCAGCCUCGCGGCCGCCGCGGCCGACCUGCCCCGGGGCGAGGGCAGCGUCAUGCACGGGAUGCUGCUGGAUCUCGCCGCGGGGCUGCACCCGGACGAGAUCCGCGCCCGCUUCCCUCCGGCGGUCGCCCACGUCGACGUGCUCAUCUGCUCGGCGGCGCACUGCGCGCCCAUGGCCACCGCGCUGGAGACGUCCGCGGCCGAGAUGCGCGCGUCGUACGAGGUGAACACGAUCGCGCCGCUGCUGGUGUUCCAGGCGCUGUGGCCGCUCAUGAAGAAGGCGGCCGCGCCCCCCGGCCCCAAGUUCGUCGCCGUCUCCUCGUCCGUGGGCAUCAUCGGCAACCCGGAGCCGCUGCCGGGCGGCUCGUACGGGCCCUCCAAGGCGGCGCUCAACUGGCUCGCCGUGGCGCUGCACGCCCAGCACGCGGCGGACGGGCUCGUCAGCGUCGCGCUGCACCCGGGCUUCGUCAAGACGGCCAUGGGCCAUGCGGCGGCGGCCGACUGGGCCACUCCCGGGGUGGAGCCGGGCGUCACGGUCGAGGAGAGCGCCGCGGGCAUCCUGAGCGUUGUGGACGGGGCCACACGAGAGACCCUCUCGGGCAAGUUCGUCACGCAGAGGGGACAGAUUCUUCCGUGGUAA